GUCCCCAGAAGGUCCCAAGAAGCCCCAGAAGGUCCCAAGAAGCCCCAGGAGGUCCCCAGAAGGUCCCAGGAGGUCCCCAGAAGGUCCCAGCAGGUCCCCAGCAGGUCCCCGGAGGUCCCCGGAGGCGGCACCCACUUGUCCCCCCGGAAGAA